AUGGACGAGAGCGAACCUGAAGGUGUCCAUGAUGCAGAGCCCGACGUAAAUUUAGCGGGACGACCUACUCGUAUUGCUGCUAAGACUGCUUCAGACGCAUGGGCGUUGUACGUGAAGAAACAGGUCGAUGACUCACCCAAGAAGACCAUCACGCCAAAGCCAGCCACGAAGACCGUAGUGAGGAAACCAGCAGUGAAGAUGCAGACGCAGGGCAACACUGGCGCCGACAAAUCCGUGAAGACGCACAAGGAUCCUAAGCGCAAGAGAGCCGAGUCUGUCAACACCAAGACCAUCGACAAGGGUCCUAGUGACAAAGCGAAAGGUGACAAGGCAAACGGCGCGCAGAAAAGGCUGGAGACGGGGCAACAACCAAGCAAGAAGGCGAAAGUCAGCACUUCGCGACCAGUGAUGUCCAAGAAGGAGAGACCCCACAAGGCCGCCAUCAUCAAUGACGGAUCAGACUCUGACUCGCCAGUGCCACCACCACCACCACCGCAGCCCAGACGUGCCGGUGUUUCGCAGACCCAGGGGACCGGUACAAGUCGGCAGUCUGGCACUGCAGCUCACGAGAACGAAGAGUCAUUUGAUGAUGACGGUGAAGACGUGACCCUCCAGGAUGGUGCCGACAAUCUUGUGGCUGAGGAUUGCGAUGAGGAUGAUGAGGUAGAGCCACGGGAAGAGUGUGACGACUUUGAUUCAGAGCGAGUGACAAUCACGGGUUCCGGCAUGGAGUCGUCCGCCGAGCCUCUUGAAGACGUCGACUCAGAUGAUGUGCCAAGCACACAUCCCUCUGGCUUGCAGUCGUCAAGAGGAUCACGUUCAUCGAGUGUCGCCUCACUAUAUGCCACAGAGCCGCCAACCACCGACGAAGACUACGUCAUGCACGAGUCUGUGAACAGCGACGAUGAGGCAGUGCCCGCUCCCAAGUUCAAAUCGGCCCCAGGCAACCGUGAGACGCGCAAGUCGGACUAUGCAACCUCGUCUGCUUCUGGUGCUCCUGAGCUGAGUGACGAGGAGUCCGAUGACCCAGUUGUAGUACCGCGUGGACAACAGCCCGGGAAGCUCACAAAGAAGCAGAAAGCGAAGUUGAAGGCAGAAGUGCCCGAGAUCCGUCUGGCCCCGGUCGCUCUGAAGGCGAAAGCUCGCAUGAAGUCUCGCCACCCUGGCUUGGUCCCAGCCAAUGACACGGUCAAGACGAUCAAGUGGCUUUCACGGACCGAUAUCGAGAUCAUCAGGCGCAAACACAGCGUCAAGAUCGACAUCAAGCCUCAGAGUGCUGUCAUUAUACAGCUCAUUCACUUCAGCUACGGGUUUGGAGACCAAAUGGUAGUUUUCGGCCGUGAAGAGGACCGGCAACUGAAGACUGCGGCGGACUUCAGUGACGUCAAUAGUAUGCUCACUCCACUCGAAAAGGACGGCCUUGAUCGCAUGGCAUACGAGGCCCUUGUUCAGGCGGCAGAUGGUCUCGGGUAUGGCGGCCACGGAGACAUUGCUCAGCGCCUGGAGAUUGGAUCGGAUGAAGACUAUGCCAAACCACUGAGGGCCUACCUUGUCCAUCAUACAGAAGACGACUCUACCGUGCCCGACAAGGCCUCGCUUCUCAAAGAGAUGGGCUACAUCUACCCGUGGACAUCGACAGAUGGCUUUGAUAGACGUGCUCUCUACGAGAGCCCGGUGAUCAAGUCAGCAGUGCGCUCGGCUUUCUUCACCAAUGCGCAGUAUCACAAUGUUGGACUGAGCAAUAGCAACCUAUUCUCGUCUUCGAUGCAAGCCGCACCCUCAGAGUAUGAGGUAUCACGGGAAAUGAUAGCUUUGGCGAUGACUGCUGUCGAGUCAGUGAUAUCAGACUCCAACCUCAACAUGAGCAAAGCGUCUGAAUUCGGCGCCCCGAGUGCACCUGCUUACCGUGAACAUAUCGCGCGCCUCACUGAAUUCCGCCGCCAGCGGCCGACACGUUAUCACCGCGUUAUGCAUGGUAUAUUCAAGGCUGCGACAGCCGGUCAUGUCAUGCACUCGAGCAUGCGAAUCGGUGGCACAAGCAUUGACUGGGAGGACAUACCCGACGAGUAG